CCACGCAGCGCCACCAGUCUUUUCAGAAACGACGACGACGUCUCGUGAAAAGUUAUCUAUCAAUAUUUUGAAGUGAAAAGUCCGGACACUUAGCUUCUGCCAGCAAAAUAAAUCGCGAUGCUGCGUGCUAAAUGACGAAGGAUUCCUGAAUUUGGUGUUAGGUUUUGCUUUUUUCUUGAUUCAAGAGAAUUGUUGGCGUUUUUUUCACUUCCUCUACCAUCAAAUCGUCCCAGCGAAAGCCAGUGGUCAGAAGAGGGGGGGAUAAGGUUCGUGUAGAGAAGAAGGAAGAAGUGAAGAAGAAUCCCUGUGCUGAACGGGAGAAGUGUGUGCGCCUGUGGGGCAGUCAAAGGAAUAUAUUAAAAGAAAGAAGAAGCAGCAGCAGCAGCAUAAGAAUAGAAGAUAGUGAAGAUGUACAGCAAAAUGAAUGGAUAUCCAUCAUCUACAUUUAGGUCGAGUGGUGGUCGACUGUGGGGAAUGUCACAUUCUCUACCCUCCGGAAUGUCAAAUUACGCGUAUGGUCAGGACUCGGACUUUUCUUACUCUCCGCGGACGAGGAUGUACGACCUGCCGUCGAGCAACACCUUCGGCAACGUGCCCAAUACAUCGUCUUCGAGCACAAGUUCACUGUCCGGAAUGAACUUUGGGCCCGGCGGUAACAACUACAGCGGAACGAACCUGAUCGUCAAUUACAUACCGCAGGACAUGUCCGAGCGUGAGCUAUAUUCGAUGUUUUCCACGAUGGGCCCAAUUGAAACCUGUCGCAUUAUGAGAGAUAUGAAGUCUGGUUAUAGCUACGGCUUCGGUUUUAUCAAUUUCCUGACCGAAGAAGCAGCACAACGCGCCAUUCGAUGCCUGAAUGGUUACACUGUGAGGAACAAGCGCCUGAAGGUUUCAUACGCACGGCCGCAAAGCGAUGAUAUCAAGGAGACGAAUCUCUAUAUCACAAAUCUUCCACGAACCAUUACCGACGAGCAGUUAGACAUUAUUUUCGGUAAAUACGGUACAAUAGUACAAAAGAACAUCCUAAGAGAUAAAUUGACUGGCCACCCACGAGGUGUUGCGUUCGUUAGAUUCAACAAACGCGAAGAAGCACAGGAAGCGAUAUCGGCACUCAACAAUGUUAUACCACAGGGUAGUAACCAACCGUUGAAUGUCAGAAUAGCAGAUGACCACGGCCGAGCCAAGGCUGCUCUCUUCGUGCCCUCUUAUAACUCGAUCGUUUCAAACAACAGAGGUAGAGUACGAAUGCGAAAUAAUCCCUAUUAAGUCGAUAAUGAAUCAAUAGCAACUGCUUUCGCUUCAUAUUUAUUCAUUAUCAGUGCUGAACAUUUGAAGAUUAACUUUCGAUGAGUUUCUUAAAGCAGUAUAAUUUUCAUAGAGUUUUGAGUUCUUAAGGUUAAUUUCAACGAUUUAGUUUAUAUGUUUCCUUAACGUGUUUUGAUGAUCAGUUAAAGACAGCUCAGAUUACUUUUAAGUUAGUUUUAGCAAUCCGGAAGAACCGACAUCGAUCAUUCAUAUGAAUUUUAUGUUGAUUUUAAAAGAGAUCAUAAUAAAACAUUGAUUGGAAAUCCA